AAUGUACCCUGUUUUCGUUACAGCCGUAGGAGUGCCUGUGCAUCACUUUAAAUCUUCCCCCUCCAAACUAAGCUCUGCUGGAAAGAACCGGCUGCCAGUAGGUGGCAGACUGCGGUCUGGUGGGAAUAUGCACAUUUUCUUUUAUCUCUGGAGGAGAGAGAAAGAAGAAGUUGGCGCCAACAGCCACACUUUGCCUCCUUUUUUGGCGUACCUCACAGUUCCAAGCUGGCAAAAACCACUGGAUUACAAGAGUGUCUUUGGAAUAAAAUCGCCAUACUUUCUACUGUUGUAAGGUUGCAAGAGCUAUGCCUUUAAGAAGAAGGUACAACACAGCCAACCAGGUACAUCCAUCUGUGAGUGCUGAUGGCAGUGCUGGAUCUGCACAGGUGGAACAACUUGACAAUGUAGAGGGUAAAGGAGAAACGCCAGGAACUCCAUCUACGUUGGCUCCAACUGCUACAGCAAUAAUUCAGCAGCUAAGAGACAAAAUUACUGUCCUUGAAGAUGAAAGAAAUUUCCUCAGAGAACAGCUGAAAAAAGCACUGGAUAACAUCCCUACUACUUCAGCAAAACGACAUCAUUCCCCCUCAAGUUCCAGUUCCUCAGAUUCAUCAGCCUCAGACUCUGAGUCGUCUUCUUCACCGAGUGACGGGAAAAAGAGCAAGAAGGCCAAGAAGAAGAAGAAGAAGAAAGUGUCACAGUUUGGCAAAAGAAUGAAACACCCAGAAGAUGUCAAACACAGGUAUAUGUUUGUUCUUAAAACAUUCAAGAAAACACACAGCCUGAACCGAAGUUGUGAAAAACUCAACGUGGAUCGAAACACUAUUGCCUACACAGCCGUCAUUGCUGAAGUCCUUUUGGUAGCGGACAGCGAGGAGAAAUGUAGGGUUCCACCCUUUACUGGCGGCUCACUCCUUAAGUAUGCAAAAGAGGUGAAGGUUUUCCUUGAUGAUGAGCCAGAGUUAAGACUUUUUCGCUGUUGUUACUAG